AUGUGGGCCCCGUGGGCGGCCGUGCUGGCCCUGCUGGCCGCGCUGCUCCGUGGCCGUGCCCAGCAUCCCGUGCGGCCCAGGCCCAACUUCGUCGUCAUCCUGGCAGACGACCUGGGCUGGGGGGAUCUGGGGGCCAACUGGCCGGAGACGAAGGACACGCCGCGUUUGGUCGUGGACUUCCACGCGGCCGCGUCCACGUGCUCGCCGUCCCGCGCCGCGCUGCUCACUGGGCGCCUCGGCGCCCGCAACGGUGUCACCCACAACUUUGCCGUCGCCUCACGCGGGGGCCUCCCCCUCAACGAGAGCACGUUGGCCGAGGUCCUGCGGGCGGCCGGGUACAGCACGGCGGCCAUAGGCAAAUGGCACCUGGGACACCAUGGUCGCUAUCACCCCAACUUCCGCGGUUUCGACUAUUACUUCGGGAUCCCGUACAGCCACGACAUGGGCUGUACGGACAGCCCCGGCUGCAACCUGCCACCGUGUCCCGCCUGCACUCGCCGCGCCGCAGUGCACAGCCGUGUGAGGAGAGACUGUUACACGGAGGUGGCCCUUCCCCUCUUCGAAAACCUUAGCAUCGUGGAGCAGCCCGUCAACCUGAGCAGCCUGGCGGCGCUGUACGCAGAGAGAGCUGCGCGCUUCAUGCAGCGAGCCCGAGCGCUGGGACGCCCAUUCUUCCUCUACGUGGCCCUGGCCCACAUGCACGUGCCACUGGCAGCCCCGUGUCCCGGUGCCUACGGAGCCGCCUUGCGGGACAUGGACGCGCUCGUGGGGAGCCUCAAGCACGCGGCUGACAGCGCCGGUGCAGGCAACACACUGCUCUGGUUCGCAGGUGACAACGGCCCCUGGGCGCAGAAGUGCGAGCUGGCUGGAGGCGUCGGGCCCUUCGUCGGCGCGUGGCAGCGCCCGCGAGGUGGCAGCUCAGCGAAGCAGACGACGUGCGCAGCAGCACCGCCAUGCUCAGGCCCCACCAUGGACAUUUUCCCCACGCUGGUGGCCCUGGCUGGAGCUGAGCUUCCUCCCAACAGGCGCUUCGAUGGCUUGGACGUGUCCCCGGUUCUCUUUGGGCACUCGGACAAGGGCCACAAGAUGCUGCUUCACCCCAACAGCGGGGCCGCAGGGAAGGACGGAGAGAUCGAGGCCCUGCGACUGGCUCAGUACAAGGUGUUCUACACAACAGGAGGAGCCCGGGCUUGCGAUGGGAGCGUUGGGCCUGCAGAGCAUCAUGAGCCUCCGCUCAUUUUCGACUUGAAUCACGAUAUCCAGGAGCAGGAGCCUUUGGACGUGGCAUCCAGGGAAUACCAGGCGCUGUUACCUGCAGUCCGCAGGGCUUACGCGGAAGCUCUUUGGGAUAUUGCAACAGACAACAUCUCGGUUGCAGAUUAUUCCCAGGAUCCUGCGGCGAUUCCCUGCUGCAGCACCCGGCACGUGGGCUGCCGCUGCCACCCAGGCCCCGCGGCCUGGUGGGACCAGGGCAUGGAGGCAGCAACGCAGCUCUGUGAUUACUCACCUCAUGGCUUGCGCUGA